AUGCACGGAAUUCGGCGGGAAGAUUUUUACAAAAACCCUGAAGAAGGUGAAGCCUUCAAGUCUAAACUUGAAAAGGGAUACAAACUUCUCGACGCCUUUGUAGAUUAUUGUUCGAAGAUGGACACCAAUAAAUUUAUUGACUCCUUUCUCAAACACGUUUCUGAUUCUGACGGCAAAAUGUUUCAACUCUCGUCUGCCAUAAUAGAAUUCAUGCCAGAGUUUACACCUUCCUGGAAUUACAGAAAAAAAUACAUCGUGAUAUCGAAAUCAGCGGAUAAAAAUGCUUUAGUGGACUCAUUGAUGGGUGAGAGGCAACUAACGGAGAAAAGUUUAAAGGCCAAUCCGAAGAGCUACUCAAUAUGGCAUCACCGUCUUUGGACGAUGAGUUUCCUUUUCAUACUAAAAGUUGAAAAUAUAUCUGAAAUGUUGCUGGAGGAAUAUAAAUUGUGUUUUAAAUUAUUUCAAUUUGACGGGAGGAACUUUCAUUGCUGGAGCUACUUUAACUACAUAACACACUAUUUCAAGUUGUUGAAUACCGGCACUGACCUGGACAAAAUGGUCUACGAAGACAUUUUAAAUUUAAUCAACGAAAACUUUUCUAAUUACUCGGCCUGGUAUAGUAAAUCUAAUUUGCCCUCCGCAAACACUUCAACAAAGGACGACCUAGAGCUCGUUAAACAGGUGCUGUACACUGAGCCGAAAGACCAAUCUUUAUGGAACUACUACAAUUGGCUAUUUCUAGUUUAUACCUGUUAUUUGGAUGAAAAAAAGCAAAUCAAUUUGUUUUUUAACUCUCCAGUAAGGCUGGAGUCAGGUACAAGUGGUUUUUAUAGUAAAGGUAAAGUGGAUGAAUUUAAUAAAUUUUUAGACAAAGGAAAAGUUAAAGGAAACUGGAUAAAAUCUAACUUGAGAUAUGGACUUGCGUAUAUUUGGACAUUUGAAUUUGAAUCAGACCAAGAAAUAGACAGGCUAUCUAAAGUUGAGUUGAUAGUUUUGUUGAACAACCGAACAAGCCAACGAUUUUAUUCAAAUUUGUUGAGCAAGCCAAUUUAUGCUAAUUAUAAAGGAGAGUCAACCAAUUCUCUCGAGAAUUAUGAACGUUUAUUUGAGGAUGAUCAAUUAAAGUUGGUCUAUUCCGCUACCCAUAAGCACCAAUUUGAUUUGGAAAGCUUUGAAGUGUUUGAAAGAGACUGUAGUAAAAACUGGGUUGAAACUAACAAGUAUGAAAAGCCAGUUAAACUGAGAAAUGAACUUGUAUGUCUUGGAGACAACAUCACUUUUAAGACCCUGGAGGAACAAUUGGAAGUUGUUGAUGAACUGAUAUCGUUUGACGGUGAAUCGAAGUAUUUACUAAUUGCAAAGCUUAAAUUGCUGGAGUAUUUGGAAAGGGACGAGGACUCAGAGUUACUGUUUGAAAAAUUGGCUGUUCUGGAUCCCCUGAGGAAACGCUACUACUACGAAAUGUUAACAAAGUACAAGGCCAGCUCAAUUUCCAACAUUGGGUCCUUUUUAUUGCUUCUGGAAACACUCGACUUGUCAGACAACAGGUUAAAGAGUCUCACAGAGGUUGUUAAACUACUACGUGGUCUACCUCGACUAAAAAGUGAAAUCAAUUUAUCGAACACCCCUAUAUGCUCCGAUUUAGCUUCAAAAGGCUUAGAAGGAAGGUCAGAAAGUAGUGUUGUGUUCGGAUGCUACCUUGCAAAGAUGGGUUUUAAUGAGCAUAGUCAGACAUAUGAUUUGCAUUUGUACAAAAUUGAGAAGUAA